CUUAAAGAGAGGUCAUAUAAAUUAGCUGCAAGAAGAGUGAUUGUGUCUUUUGGAAGAAUCAAUUAUCGGCGGAGAGUAGUCUUCCUCUCGUGACGAAAAUGGGAGUUUUCAGGUUUCACCAGUACCAGGUUGUGGGAAGAGCCCUUCCGACAGAGAAGGAUGUGCAGCCUAAGAUUUACAGGAUGAAGCUUUGGGCCACGAACGAGGUUCGUGCCAAGUCCAAGUUCUGGUACUUCUUGAGGAAGCUGAAGAAGGUGAAGAAGAGCAAUGGACAGAUGCUUGCCAUCAACGAGAUCUUUGAGAAGAACCCAACAAAGAUCAAGAACUUCGGAAUCUGGCUGAGGUACCAGAGCCGUACAGGUUACCACAACAUGUACAAGGAGUUCCGUGACACAACAUUGAACGGAGCGGUGGAGCAAAUGUACACUGAGAUGGCGUCGAGACACAGAGUGAGGUUCCCAUGCAUCCAGAUCAUCAAGACAGCCACUGUCCCAGCCGCACUCUGCAAGAGAGAGAGCACGAAGCAGUUUCACAACAGCAAGAUCAAGUUCCCCUUGGUCUUCAGGAAGGUUAGACCUCCCACCAGAAAGCUCAAGACCACCUACAAGGCCUCCAAGCCCAACUUGUUCAUGUAGAAGCUCUCCUAAAGGUAUUCUUGACUUAUCAAACUUUCUGAGAGAUUCGAAGUUGCUCUGUCUUUUUUCUUUCGUAUUUUAAUUUUGCGGGUAGAAGAUCCUUAUAAGUAUUACAAUGCUGGAUGUUGUUGUUUUCUUUUCUGGAUUAUUUUGUUUAUCCUUUUUAGUUGGUACUCGUGAGACUUCAACAAAAAAAAUUAAAUUUUCUGGAUGUUAGUGUUCUCGCUACAAGUUUUCCUAAUUUCUGCGUGCAUUGAUAAAAAGUUAAAUUGUUAACUUUUUCUUCAUCUGUAUUCGUCCCAAAGAAAAGCUUUUUGUUUGAUAAAAUAAGUCUGGCGACAAAUAUAUAAAAUGUGACAAAACG